AUGCAAUCACCAAAUUAUUCGCCAAAAAGCUCAAAAAAAGAAGUCUCAUUACCUUCUAGAGCAACAUUUCAAUCUCAUUUAUUGACACCCCCAAAUUCUCAACCACAACCAAAUUUAUCACCAAAUAAUUAUAAUUAUUAUUCACCUUAUUUAAACAAAACUCAAUUCAAUUCAAUCUUGAUCAAUUGUUCAUUAAAUUUAUUAAAGAUAGUUUUCAAUGAUCAUGCAUUCAAUUCCAAUUCAAUUAAAUUAUUCAUAAUUGAAAUUUUGAAACGCUCAAAAACAUCAAUUCAAACAUUGCAAGUUCUCAAUUAUUACAUUUUCAAAAUUAUCAAGAAGGGAAUUAAUGUUGAUCUUGAUGUUAAGAAAUUAUUUCUCGGAUUGUUGAUUAUUGCUUCUAAAUUUAAUCAAGAUUGUAAUUAUUCGUUCAGAAAUUGGUGUUUGAUAUGUGGAUUGAAAGAAGAUGGAAAUAAGAAAAAAUUAACAGAGAUUGAAUUCAAAUGUUUAAAUUAUUUGGAUUAUGAAUGUUAUAUAAAUGGGAAGAAGUAUGAUGAAUGGUGUAAAUUUUUAAUUAUAUUUGGUUAUGACUUUAUUAAAAGUCAAAAGAUAAUUAAAAAUAAUGAAGAAAUAACUAAUGUUGAAAUUGAUUGGGAUACUGAUAUUACUGAUAAAUUGAGUAAAUGGGAAUCAUUCUUUAAGGUAUUUACUUUUGAUCAUUUUGAAUUUUUGGAUAUUAAUUUUGAAACUUAUUUCAAUGCACAAUUGGAUAAAAAGAUUUUUAUUCAACAAGGACAACAAUCCAAAAAAAGACAAUUUGUAAUUGAUACCGUUCCAAUUAAAAAAAUAAAAGUAUAA